GAAGAAGGUUGCUGCUUUAAUACCGACGCGAACGCUCAUGCAAAUUCGCACGCAUGCGCAAAAGUACUUUAAGAAGCUGGAGAAAGAGCAGCGCUCGAGCGAUAUGAGCAACGCCGACUUUAACGACUUGAUUCUGAAAGAAUCCCGCUGGAACAUUGUCGGUGACGCGCUGCUCGUCGAUUUCAACAGCCUCACGCCCAAGAAACCCAUCAUUGGCGAGCGGCGACACCGAUCGGGGAGCGUCCCGAGCCCCGACGCCAAAGGACGUCGCGAUUCGGACCCACGCCGCGGUCUUGUCAAGGGCAAAGUGAGUAAACUGUCAAGUGAGCAGGGGCCACCAAACCAAGUGCUGAAGCGAUCGGGGCGCUGGACCAAAGAAGAGGAAGAGUAUGCAAACCAUCUCAUACGUGCGUUUGAUCAUGGCGUGCUGCCGCUGCCCGACGGGAUCUUGCUCCGUGUCUUCCUCGCAAAGACGCUCCAGUGCGACCCGAUGCGCAUUUCGAAAACCGCGCUCGACACCAUGUCCGAAUCUGAGCGUACGCAGCGCCGGCGCGAGCUCGCGGUGCUCGAGCGCCGCUUCUUGGUUGCGUCCGGUCAAGUGACGCCACUCAAUUUGGCGUCAACAAUGGAAGAGGAAAGCGAUGAUGACGACGACGACGAGGACGACAGCGUCCUGGAUGACGCGGCGCUCGACUAUCUCAUGGCGCAGCACAUGACACCACCCGCGGACGAGGCAAGUGUCGUGCCCCUCGUGUGCUCACCGCCAGACCUCGGGAACCGACGGAAUAGCGCCGAAGCGUGCGAACGCCGCUUGCAUGUCGAGAUUGAAGACCUCGCGACGAUCAAGAUGACGGAAAUUCGGAGCUCGCAUGCGACGACAUCGGUGCCGAUUUACUCGCCGAUCCGGCACGGCUACUACAUGCUCUCGCCCAUGCACCGGUCGGUCGUCAAUCCCGUCACGCACAGCCCGAAUGCGAUGCUGUACCCGCUCGACAGCGACCUCUGGUCGAUUCUAAGGGACGAUGAGGCUCAAAUCCCUGCAAACAUGAACCAGCACCUCGGUAGUCCCAUCGUGGAGGAGCGCCUGGAUAUCGACGUUGCCGCCGUCUUUGCGAGUCUGUACCGCGACUAUGGCAUUGCCGUGGCCAAGGCCAUCUCUCGGGCGGAGCGCGAGGCCAAUGGGUAUCCCUCCACGACGCUCACGUACGGCGAAAUUGAGUUCGAGCCCUUUCGCUCGCUCUUCGAGCUCCUCAUGACAAACCACGACGUCUUGACCAAGCCCGGAGGCGUCUUCCUCGAUGUAGGCUGCGGCACGGGGCGGCCGCUUUUUGCGGCCGCGCUUCUCCACGACUUUGAUGCGGUCGUUGGGUUCGAGAUCCUCGAAACCCUCGCCGCGACGGCGCAGACGAUCUAUGGGCUCUGGCAGCACGAGAAGAAGGCGCUCAACUCGCUCAAGAAGCGGACGCGCUUUGUGAUUGGCCACGACGACGCGACGCAGGUCGAGUGGCCGGUCGCCGACGUCGUCUUCUGCAACGCCACGUGCUUUGACGAGCGUCUCAUGCUCUUGGUGACCAAGCAAGCGCUCUUGUACCUCAAGAAGGGAGGCGUGAUUGUGACCGCGACCAAGCAGCUCUGCCUCGACGACGACCACGCGCCCGUGCUCGGGCUCGUGCAGAAACACAAGAUGCAGCAAAGCUGGGGCAUGUCUACCGUGUACAUUUACAAACGUGUCGGGUAG